AUGGGUUCUGGUGUAUCAAAGAAUUCAAGAAAUCUUAAUGUAGUACCUCGACAACCUCAAAUGGACAUGGCUGUGGACAGACCGCCGACAUCUGAUUUGAAGCCCAAAGUUGUUCAACACCAGUCCGUACAGGAUCGCGGCUAUACGUCAAGUGUAAACAAGGAGCACACGAACGAAGAACAAAGUGAGAGGAUUUCACUGGAUGAGUGGGAAGUCUUACUUAAAUACACGCACAGCUUCCCAGAGCUACAAGAUGACCUUCAAACGAUGUUAACCCCUCUUCAAGAUUUGAGAAAAGCCGUAGACGACAAAUCCAAGGGAUAUAUAAUUCAAUAUUCUAGGCUGAGUGAAAUAUUCGAAGAGUUGUAUAACACAAGCUGCAGCGCGUGUAUGUCAGCAGGGUCGAACGACUCAGAAAAAUACAAUACGCUUAUGGAGUUUAUAAUCGAAGUCGAAGGAGCAACAGCGCUGCAUAGCUUCGUGAAAAACUGUUUCACAGAUUACUAUACUGAUGGAAGAGACGACGAAUUGGGGACAAGUGACCAAGAGGAGACUUUUACUUCCUUUGGAAGCCUUCUUAUUGCACUGGGAACAAUACAGAACUUUGCUGAUUUCCACGAUGGUUUUUGCUUGGCGAGCGCUCAAGAUGGAGUUGUACUAACUUGCAUUGAGAAUAUCGAGAGGAUCGAUCAAGAAAAUGACGACUGGCAAAGCGAAGAUGAAGAUUCUGUAAUAUUUCAAAUACUAGAAACGUGCAUCAACAUUUUGCACAACAUUUCUCGCCGACUGAGAGAUCGCCAAUGGUUUGCUAACAGUGACGAGACUUUACUUUAUUUUGCAAAGGUUAAGGUGGCAGGUAUUGCUGCCCCGGCCUUGUUGUGCCUGGCGUACCUUGUUAAUGAAGAAACUAAUCAUUUAAUCUCUGCCGACAAAGACUUGCUUCGCUUCAUUAUAAGAAUGUUAGACGAAGCUUGGAAGGUAGAAGACCGCCGAAGCAACGCCAAUUUCUCCGCUAAGGAACUUGCAGAAGGACUCAGUCAUUUGGCAAUUAACGACAACAACAAGCAAAUUCUUGGAAGCGAAGGGGCAAUAAGAGUCCUAACGUCAACACUCCAGACCUCAAGCGACGACGAGGAACGAGCGAGUGCCGCCAAGGCAUUGUGGAUGCUGGCUUUCGACGACUCUAACAAGGAUAUCAUUCGAGAGGGAAACGGAACCGUGGACAUCUUACGCACAUUACACCACAGUCAAAACGCUGCAGUGCAAAAGGCAGCCGCUGGAGCAUUGUGGGAGAUUGAAGGAAAGACAGCAAGAGACAAAGCCGACAAGACAAAAGAGGGGUCUGGAAACCACGUGAUGAUUAGCUACCAAUGGGAUGCUCAGGAAGUCUUGGUCCAAGUCAAAAAUCAACUUCAGGCUAAUGGAUACAGAGUAUGGAUGGAUCUGGAGCAAAUGGGUGGGUCUACACUGGACGCAAUGGCCAAAGCUGUCGAGAACGCCGCUGUUGUUCUGAUCUGCGUGUCACAAAGAUACAAAGAGAGUCCCAACUGUCGUUCAGAGGCCGAGUACGCCUAUCAGUUAAGAAAGGACAUAAUUCCUUUGAUGAUGCAGAAAAAUUACAAAGCGGAUGGCUGGCUAGGAAUGCUGUUGGGAACGAAAAUGUGGAUUGACUUUCAGAGUAAGCAUACUAUUGAUUCUGGGGUGACAAAACUGGUCAAAGAAUUAGCAGGAAGAGGAAAAGAUGUGGACCACACAGACGGUCCCCUAGAGGCGGUGAUUCGAACAACUGAGGCUACGACUCUAACAAAACAGCCCUCUGGUCCAGAUGUAGCCGGAUGGACAAAUGAGGACGUGAAAAAAUGGCUGAAGAAAAUUGGAUUGGCACAGGUGUGUGACAGAGACAUGGUUGAAUUCACAGGACAAACAUUGAUUGAACUUCAAGAUCUCCGAGGAGAAUGCCCAGAUUAUUUUUACAAGUGUCUUGAACACACACUUCAGCUUAAAAACAUGUUUCAUGUACUCAAGUUCAGAAAGGAGUUAGACAAACUGCUAGGAAAUUAA